CUCGCGUUGAAGUUUCCUCCUCGAGAAACACAGCAGGUGUUCCUAAUUGGAGACCGGCAGGUGAAGAAACGACGGCAGCGGAGAAGAACAUCACUGUGCUUCACUGCAAAUAUUGUAAUAAAACCAACAUAUACCCACACAUCUUACUACAAUGACUUUAAUCGGCUUGAAGCUGCGCGUGGUCCUCCUGCUUUUCCUCGGGUUCACGUUGGAGGUGAACAAAGUUGCGGGAAUCUGCAGUGUGGAGCAUUGCACUGACCGCACAAGAUGUGUGCUGUCUAAAGACCAGAGGAGCUGCAAGUGUGCUGUCGGAUUUUACGCUGACCAGUGUGACAAAAAUGCACACAUCAAGGUUAUGUGUGGUAAAGACUACAUAGCAAUCAGAGCAAUGGAAGCUUUUUUCAAGUAUCACAAUGUGCCACUGGAGACCCUUCACUUGCCCAACAAAUCUUGUGGAGCGAAGAGAGAGUACAUUGGUGAUGUACCGUACUACAUAUUCAGGAUUUCCAAACAGAAAUACCUGACCUGUGGAGGCUUGCCACUUGAGAAAAAUUUAACCCAUAUCUCAUAUUCACUGAGUGUGCUGUCAGAACCUCGCGUUACCGGAAACAUCAUCAGAGAUCCACUCAUUAGGAUGGACUUCACAUGUGUGUAUCCAUACAUCAGAAGAGUCAGUCUGCCUUUUCCUGUUUUCCCCAUUUCCAGUGAGACUGUGAUGCAUGUAGACGAACUUGAGGCCAAGAUACGGAUGAUGUUGUACAUGGACCACACUUACACUAAACCUUAUACCAGUGCUCCAACCAUUGAACUCAGAGACAAGGUGUACGUAGAGGUUACAGUGAUGGAGCCUGCAGAUUUGUUCCUGCUUCGAAUAAACGAGUGUUGGGCCACACAGUUUCCUCAGCCAAACUCUACAGAGGGAUCUGUCCACUUUCUGCUUCAGAACGGAUGUGUGAAGGACCAAACUGUUUCCUUCCUUAAUGUGACUGAGGGACAGUCUGGACUUAAUGGGCAAAACUCCACCAUUCGUUACAGCUUUGAUAUGUUUCGCUUCACGGCAGAUCCCCAUGACCUCUAUCUGCACUGCACUGUGCAGCUGUGUGAACCUGACGACCAUGAGUCCUGCAUUCCUAACUGUAACUUGAUCAGUAAGAGAGAAGCAAUGAGGGCAGACCCUAGCCAGGGUCUCCUCUCAUAUGGACCCAUCAGGAUCGAAGUACCAGACAGACCUCAAUCUAGCAUACUGUUGGCCGUGGUGCUGCCUGUAGCAGCUGUGUGGACUCUCGGCUUCUUCCUCAUCCUCCUCAUCACUGUGGCAAAGGCUGGCCGAAAGAGGCUAUCAAAACUAGAGGAGUACUGAUGACAAUGCUGCU